AAUGAUGUUUGUACAUGUAUAAGUUUACCAUGUAUGUUAUAGAAUUGACUGAUCAAGAUUGAUUUUGUAGCAACAAGGGUAAACAGGGUAUGCAUGUAUAGACUUGUCAUUCGUCAUUUUUAAAAAUAGAUGUGGAGCGUCAAGGGCGAAAUAGUAUGAAAAGGCGCAAUUAUUUUUAGUAAAAUGUACUUUCCGCUCAACCAAGGGUGUAUGCAAAACAACAGGAAAAGGUGCCAUAUCUCUUUGAAUUUUGGUAACACAUUUUUUCUCACUUUGUGACAAGGAAAUAGUGAAGGACGUUAUUGUCAACAUGGAGAAAUGGGUCGGUCGGGUUGCGCUUGUUACCGGAGCCUCGGUGGGGACAGGAGCCGCCAUCACACGAGCUUUGGUCAAACAUGGCAUGAAAGUUGUGGGCUGUGCAAGAAACGUGCAACAAAUUGAGUCUAUACGAGAUGAGCUGAAGGGUGAAAAGGGUCAGCUGAUUCCAAUCAAAUGCGAUCUCACCAAGGAAGAGGAGAUUUUGGCAAUGUUUAAAAAAAUCCAGAAAGAUCUAGGGGGUGUAGAUGUGUGCAUUAACAACGCCGGACUAUCACACUGUGCGCCCUUGCUGUCUGGCAGCACUGCUGACUGGAAAAACAUGUUAGAUGUUAAUGUACUUGGUCUUUGCAUAUGUACCAGGGAAGCCUUCCAACAAAUGCAGAAAAACAAAGUUGAUGAUGGUCACAUAAUUCUCAUGAACAGCUUGGCUGGACACCGUGUUAUUUCAAAUGCAGCGGGUCAUUUUUACUGUGCCACAAAAUGUGCUGUGUCUGCAAUUGUGGAGGGCAUCAGGAACGAACUUCAUAUGCUGAAUUCUCACAUACGGGUUUCGUCUGUCAGUCCAGGGAUAGUGGCAACAGAAUUCCAUCAAAGAAUGUAUAAAAGUCCAGAACGUGGGAAGAAAAUUUGUAGUCGCAUGAAGUGUUUGGAAGGAGAGGAUUUGGCCAACGCAGUCAUUUAUGCAUUAAGUGCACCAGCACAUGUACAGGUUCAUGACAUCCUGGUGAGAUCAAUUGAACAGAAAACGUAAUUCAAACUUAACAAAGAGACAAGCAGUUAUUUGAUUGUUGACAAUAUUAAUAUUAUGCAAUUUCGGAAAUUAAUUGUUAUUUUUGAAAAUUUCUGAACGUACAUGACCAUGGGGUUUUCCUAAUGUAUACUCCUAUCUAUUUUGUAUAGUAUGAAUCAGUUUAAGUGUAUGGUUCUCUUGAACAAAGCAGAAACUGUUUUACUUUUUCUCAUUACAUUAAGUGUUUUUCAGUAGUAUCUUCUGUAGUAUUUUCUUAUUCCCCGAUUCUGCUAAAUCUCAGAGGAGUGAAAGGAUGAUAUCCCUAGACAUGGAAACGCCUCCUUUUUAUAUACAAUGAUCUAUACAAAAUCUGCCAUGCUUUUGAUAAAACAAGAGUGAAUAAAUAUGGCACAUUCUUGUUACUGUGACAUCUUUGAUCAUUUUUUAUUGAAUUGAUUGAUACAUUAUCGAUGAUUUUGUACAUUCUGUAAAGGUGAAUUUUGUUCUGGUUUGUGACUUAUUCAAAUAAAUAAAAUUGAACAGAA